CGCUUGCCGCGACGACGCUCUGAACUAUGUUACACUGCUCUAUCCGACGACUCGACAUGACGACGACGAUGAUAAUAAAAAAAACUAUCCCUUAUCUCUCCGUCUCUCUCUCGGCGUUCGCCGUACAUGUCGUCCGGUCGUCGGUGUUGUUGUUAUUAUUAUUAUCAUCAUCGUUAGUCGUUACCGCACGACGAUGACGGUACUAUUGAUGUAAUUACUAUUAUUGUUGUUGCUGUUCCGCAUGCACGCGCGCAACGCAUCGCCGCCGCGCGAUCUCCGUCUUGCCGGCACAUCGUUCGUCCGACGGCGUUUCGCCCGGUGAACGUGCGCUUGCCCAAUUCGCCGGAUCCGGCUCGUCCGUCUGACCGCAUGCCCCAGACUCCGAGGACGUGCCAAUCGUGGUUGACAAGUGUGGCCUGUUUUCAAUUUAUAAUAAUGGAAGAAGAAAACAAGUGUAAAGCUUAAUAAUGGUUUCAUACUCAGAUAGUGUAACAUCUAAUUUAACGGCGAUCGCCAAUAAUAAUAUUCAACAAACCGAUCAAGCGAUAUUUGAAGCUGAUAAGCGAGCUGUUUAUAAGCAUCCUCUUUUUCCCUUACUAGCAUUACUUUUUGAAAGAUGUGAACAAGCUACUCAAUCAGCAGCAAUUUCAAACUCCGAAAGUUUUAAUAUGGACAUACAAGCCUUUGUCCAACAUCAAGAAAGAGAUAGAAAACCAUUUUUAAUUAAUGAUACAGAAAUUGAUGGACUGAUGAUAAAAGCUAUUCAAGUAUUACGAAUACAUUUAUUAGAACUAGAGAAAGUUCAAGAAUUGUGCAAAGAUUUUUGUAGUAGAUACAUAACAUGUCUCAAAAUCAAAAUGCAAAGUGAAAAUUUAUUGCGUUCCGAUUACACAUCUGGUUACUUAGAAAAUAAUAGCAGUGGUAACUCAAGUAAUAGUAAUUCUCCAUUAUGCCACUCUCCACACCAUAGUCAGGUGAUAUCCUCUUCAGGAGUUUCUGUGCGGCAGUCUGGAGACAACGAUGCUAUAAAACCAAAGACAAUAAUGGAUUUAAAAAACAUAACUAGUCUUUUGUCGAAUAUACCAUCUUCCACAUCUAUAGAAAUGAAAGAUGUAUCUCAAGUAUCAGAUGUUUCCCAACUUGAUUUGACAGUCACUAAAUCUGCUAUUCAAAAUUCUUCUGUAGAAAAAACACCAUUAUCAGCCAUCGGUACAAAUGUAUUACAGAGUAAUGUUUCUAUUUUACAUGGUUCCUUAUCAGCUACCAGUGGUGGCUCUUGUGACGAAGAAGAUGACUAUUUUGGAAGUAAAAAGAAAAGGCAACAAAAAAGAGGAAUUCUCCCUAAACAGGCUACAAGUGUAAUGCGCUCUUGGCUUUUUCAACAUUUAAUUCAUCCGUACCCUACGGAAGAUGAAAAAAAAAUUAUCGCGGCACAGACUAAUUUAACAUUGUUGCAAGUAAAUAAUUGGUUUAUCAAUGCACGGAGACGAAUAUUACAACCAAUGCUUGAUGCUUCCACACCUGAUAUUGCCGGUGAACAAAACUUUUCUCUUUCUAAAGAUAAGUCUGUAAUUGUUGAUAAUAAUAAGUUUUCAUGGCCUGUUGACAGUUUAUUACCAUCUCAAAAUGUCAAUGAAAAUUCAAAUGAAUCAAAUUUUGGUGAAAGUGAAGCAGAGGAAGAAGAAGAAGAAGAAGAAGAGGAAGAAAUUAGUGAUAUUUUUUCUCAGCAUAGUGUUAAUGAAUCAGAUUAGUCAGUGUCUUAUGAAUAAUUUUAAAUGUUGUAUAAUGUACAUGACAUAGAAAUUUUUUUAUAUGCAUAUGUAUAAUGAAUAUAUACUAUAUACUAUAUACUAUAUAUUAUACCAUAUACGGUUGAGUAUAUGGUGAAAUUAAUAAUUUAAUGUUGGAUCCAUUAAAUAUGUCUUACGUAUUAGACCAGAGGUUCCCAAACUUUUCACGGUGCGACUUAUUUUUGGAAAAAUUUUAAAUGUUGACAACCCACAACCCUAUACUAAUGACAUUUUAUUUUUCAUUAAUAAUCAAUAUUUUUGAGAAUAUUUAUAGUUUAACAGCAUCGUUUUGACUCAUUAGUGAAACACUUAUAAUUGUUGUGGAUGGUAUUCAAUGAUAAAACUAUUUUCAAACACCAAUGAAAGAUUUAGUUACACAGGAUAUGUUCAUAUUUAUUUUGAUUUAUACAUAUUAUUUCUUCUCUUUUUAUAUUUAUAUAUUCUAAAAAAUAUCUAAUAACAAAUAUUUUAUAUUAUACAGUUAAUGUAUAAAUAUUCCAAAACUUAAUAUAAUCUAUCAUUAUUAUAAUUGUUUUUGAAUCGCAACCCAUAGUAUGGAAAUCUCUGCAUUAGACAAUGUGAGAUAAAUGACUAAAACUUUUAUAUUAUACUUCAAAAUCUUUAUAAUUUAUUGAAAACAUAUUGAUACAUUUCAUAAAUUGUAUUAAAUGAUUAAAAGUACUUAAGUGGAUUAUAACUGUCAAAUGAUCCGAUGAAGUGUGUUUAUAUGAAAUUAAUUAAUGUUCCAAGCCUUUAUAAGUAUUAUAAGUAAUAAUAACUAAUCAUUGACUGUAAAAACAAUUUGUACAAAAGUAAAUGUUAUUUAGAAUAACAAUUGAUUGAGGUUUAACUAGAAUUUUUGCGUCAUUUAAAAAAGUUAUAGAAAUAUAAUAUUAUUAUUAAAUGCUAAUGAUUUAAAAAUUAAAUCUAUUAUUGUACUUUUAUUUGUAUCUUGAGGACUUGUCCAUCCCUAAAGUAUUUUAAUAUUAAUUUACUAAGCUGGUUGAUACAAAAUUGUUUAUUUUUAGAAAUGUUUUCCUUUUUACAUAAAAACAUGAUUAUAGAAAUAAUAACACUACUUUUAUAAAAAAUUGACCAUCAAGGAUACUUAUUAAAAUAAUUAUUUAUAGUAAAAUCACGUCAGUUUUCCUCAACCAACAUUUUAAAGCUUUAAAAUAAAUGUUAAAAACCAUAAUAAAACUGUAGUGGGGGGAAAUUCCUGUAUUUACUUAAUUUGUUAUUUAUAUUAAAUAUAUAUAAAAUAAAUUCUUAUUUCAUAAGUGUAAUUGCUUAC